CAAACUUCUCGCUAUGAAGAGGGCCACGCUUUGUUCAUCCUCGAUGAAUGACAUGCGACUCUGACGCGAGCUUUAAAAAAAAGAAAGAAAGAAAGAAAGAAAGGAACGGAGCUAUCUGUUCGUAUCCGAACGUCAAGCAUCUCGAAGACACGGGCAUCUCAUCUCUCUCCAGAGUACGAUCCCCGUCGUGACGGGUUCCUUGACUCCCGGGUGGAGCGUGACGUGCGUGGCGGAUCUUGCCAGCUAUUUCCGGCGGCACGCGGCGCCGCUGACCGCAAGGUGACGUUUGCUGUUCGUCGAACGGGAGGUGUGUUGCCUACCGGAGCCGUAUCGGGGGACGAGAGACGAAAAGUCUAAAGCAUACGCACACAUCAGUCAGGCUGACGAAAUUUAGUAUCGAAGCGCACGAAGACUACGCAGUUGGAGCUAUUUGGUUCCGUGCGGUGUUCUCGCUCCAGAAAGAUGGGUCUCACAAUCAGCAGCCUGCUCACCCGAUUGUUUGGCAAGAAGCAGAUGCGGAUACUGAUGGUGGGUCUGGACGCCGCCGGUAAGACCACCAUACUCUACAAGCUUAAACUCGGUGAGAUUGUUACCACCAUACCCACGAUCGGCUUCAACGUUGAGACAGUCGAGUACAGGAAUAUUUGCUUCACCGUGUGGGACGUGGGUGGCCAGGAUAAGAUCCGGCCGCUUUGGAGGCACUAUUUCCAGAACACCCAGGGCCUCAUCUACGUAGUGGAUAGCAACGACCGCGAGCGUAUCAGUGAGGCGGAACGUGAGUUGGCGAACAUGCUGAAAGAGGAUGAGCUACGGGACGCAGUAUUGCUGGUAUUUGCUAACAAGCAGGAUCUACCUAAUGCUAUGUCCGCCGCUGAGCUCACUGACAAGCUGGGUCUUAAUUCGCUGCGAGGACGUCACUGGUACAUCCAGAGCACCUGCGCUACGCAGGGACACGGACUGUACGAGGGCCUGGACUGGCUGAGUAACGAGCUGGCCAAAAAGUGAUAGCGUCUCAUCGUAUCUGGUACUUUUAAGGACAGUUCAUUCAUCGUGUAUGGACGUAAAAAACGGGCGGAGAGUCACUCGGCAAUUUCCAUCUUUGUCAAAUUGUAUCGAUGUAACGUCUAUCAUGUACAGUUUAACAGUCGCUGCGUUCACAAUUGCUACAGAAAUUGAUGCAAUAUACGAAUCGAGAAUAUUAUGAGCGCAAUCUAACUCUUCAUCAUCGUACGUGCGAUUUGAUUCGCAUGGAUUGUACUCUAGGAAGGAAACUUGUUUCAUAAGAGAAACAGGAGCAUCAGGAUAUAAUAGAUAGUCCUUGCGUCAUUUAUAAGAAUAUAUAUACAAAGGUUGUACAUAAUACUAAGUUCUUUCAUACAUACUUAAUAUUUGCCAAGUGAAUUCUAAUUUUGUCUUUUUGAUGUAUCGAGUGACAAAGUAUCGUUUCGACCAGCCGAUUUAACUGUGCAGAGAUUUAUUUAUUCAUAUAUUAUUACACGUGAAAAAAAAAAUCGUUGGAUAUCCUAAUUUGUUUUCUAUUUUGGUUUACGUCCGUGCUAUUCAUGAAGAAUUAUACAAUGUAUGUAUUAUAUGAUGUUAUACACAGGCCGUUUACACUUUCUUGUUUUUCUAAUAAAUAAGUAAAUUUUUGAAAUAUAAAUCUUAAUUGAUAGCUUACAUAAGACUUUACAGAUAAGUGAACAAUUAACUUUAAUAUUGCGAAAGGAAAUAAAACUUAACUAAGGUUUAUCAACCGCGAUUUUCCUUUUUAAUAAAAAUAGACACUUAAAUUGUAAGAAAUGUUUAGAAAUCGUCAUAAUAAAUCUUAAACAUGUAGAAAGUAUAUAAAUGUCAACCAAUUUUUCUACCUUAUGAAAAGUCAAAAUAUGUUUAUUGCGUUCGUUUCCAUUAAUAUCCAACGCGCAUAAAAAAAAUAAAGAAAAUGAAAGGAGCCAGGCGAGGAAACAGUACCCGUUUACUCGCUCAUCAAAAUCAUGUAUUGUCAUGUUAACUAAAUGUACAACUUUUGUUACGGUACAAAACAGUACAGUAGUGCUACAAGUAUCUACUGUAUAAUAUAUUGUAUAACGUAUCAAAUGAUUUGUUAAAGUAUGGUGUUAUUUUUUCGUAUAUAGCACAGCAAUCUAUUUCAUCUUUAUUACGAGAAAUAUAGGAAAUAAAUUAUAAGAAAGAACGCGCUUCUAUUUACGAAAUUUAUGUACAUGGUCUUAAAAUACAGUAAAAGUAGAUAAUCGUUGAAACGUUA